UCAGCGACUUAUAGCGGGACUGCGGCGGGCAUUCUGACACUAGGGGGGAAACUGGCUUGGUGUCACUGACAUCCCCAGUGACACCAAUACAGUGAUCAGUGCUAAUAAAAAGCACUAACACUGUACUAAUGACACUGGGCAAGAAGGGGCUAACAUGUGGGGCGAUCAAAGGGUUAACUGUGUGCUGUGCGCUGUUUUACUGCGUGCUCUCUGUAUGCUUCACUAUGGAGAUUCCCCCACCGGCACCCAGAAACCACCGAGUAAAGCUGAAAGGGGAGAGACCUGUGUAUAAACAACAAAGGUCUCUCUCCUGCCAGCAA